GCCACCAUCCUCACAGCAAAACACAACACAGCACAACCAGAACACCAAAAUGACAGAAGAAGUAGUAUUCGACACCCCCCUCUCUCUGAACCUCUACGAGGAUUUCGACGACGACGAAGACCUAUGGUACAAAGGGAUAUUAGUGUCGCUGGUCACCGGAGACGUAACACCAACCCAAGCGGCCAUCGACAUCGACACAUACAUCACCCAGCUCGCAAACCAGCGCUAUGAAGCCUACCAAGAGUACCAAGAGCUGCACCCCGGCCAAACGCCGACCGACGAGGAAGAAAGAGAUCGAGUUUCGGGACCGAACCCCAGAGGAGACGUCGAGAUGCUGAUCCAGUGGGCUGCCAGACUGUGUUCGGCGUUUCCUCCCAGCCAUGCCGGCCAAGAACGUAUUAUCUCCUUUCUGGAAGCAUUGAGAGAUCUGCCGAGACAUAAGGUCCUGAAUGUGGUGUUCCCGCGGGAGGAGGGAGAUGGGAUGUAUACGGCGAUGGAAUUGUGGCCGCUGCGGGGGAGAUGGUUGUCGCUGCAGCAGGAGUUUCGGUACAUAGAAGAUGAAGUCAUAUACCGCACAUAUCGUGCAAAGCAGCCGCCCCCGAGCGAGCCAGACCUGCGUUGGCGCAACUUCCAGUCUGCAAUUGCGCGCAUCACUGCCUUGGAUCUGAUCAACUGCGACUUUAUGUGUUCGCUGGGGUUGAUCAUACCGUCUCAUUCCUGGUAUCCCGAUUUGGAGGAUGGCAAUGCGGAGGGAUUCAACUGGGUAGCGGGGCAGGUCAUUGCUGCUGUACAGUGGCUUUUAAGGCCUGAGGUGGGGCGGUAUGUUUACCAGCAGUGUAGAAAUGCCGACACGGUAGCCAGUGAUGAUAGGAGAGUAAUUUGGAGCUUGGAGAAAUGGGGGCAGUGGAAGGAGCAGCUUGCGCGUGUGGGGGAAGAGCAGAGGUUCGGGGUACAUGCUCGAGAGCUUGCCAAGUUGGCCUGUCAACGGAUGGCUCUUUAUGAAAGGGGUGAUGCAGUAGAAUUAUGAAAUUGGUAGGAGAAUGGUAUUCGGACUACGAGCAAGGUGGCUUGGGGAUGUGUCUGUUUCAAUACCACCAUGUUCCGACUCGCAUGGGCGUAUUGCUGCUGGGUGUAUAAGUUGUUG